UAUCGAAGACCAGAGAAUUUAACAGAAAAAAACCUUAAAAAGAAGGUCAAAAACCCAUUUGGCACAAAAUUCCGCCCACCGCGUGAAAAGGCUUUAAAGCACAGCUCAGACUCAGAGCCAUCAAAUUUAUUUAUUUACUUUUUUUUAGGAAAAAACAAGAAAACCCCUUUUCGCAUACAUGAUCUCGUUCAAUUUUCGGCUCGUAAAGUUGUUGAAGAAACUUAUUUGUUAGAUUCAAUUUUGGUGUGGGGGUGAGACCUGAAAGAGAUGAUAAACAGCGGGCCGAGCAACAAUUUGAUGUCAUCGGCGCCGGCGUCUGGGAACAACGCGCCGUCGCCGGGCCUGAAGACUUAUUUCAAGACCCCCGAGGGUAAGUACAAGCUCCAGUACGAGAAGACUUACCCGACGGGCCUCCUUCACUACGCCCACGGCAAAACCGUCACUCAGGUGACACUAGCCCAUCUCAAGGAAAAGCCAAUGCAGGCUCCAUCUCAAUCAUCUUCGAGUUUGGGUGUAAGCAGUGGUGUAAAGUCAGCAGCUGCAAGGUUGUUGGGUAGUGGGAAUGGGAGUAAGGCACUUAGUUUUGUCGGAGGAAAUGGGGGAAGUAAACCGAGCAAUGGGAAUGGCACUAGAAUAGGAUCCUCAGGAGCAAGUUCGAGUAGUGUGAAUGGCAAUCUGAAUUUUGAGGGGAAAGGGACAUAUUUGGUAUUCAAUGUUGGUGAUGCGAUUUUCUUGAGCGAUUUAAAUUCUCAGGAUAAGGAUCCUGUAAAGUCUAUACAUUUUAGUAAUUCGAAUCCUGUUUGCCACGCAUAUGAUCCUGACGCUAAAGAUGGGCAUGAUUUGCUAAUUGGUCUGAACUCUGGAGAUGUUUAUUCAGUAUCUCUUAGACAACAAUUACAAGAUGUUGGUAAGAAGCUUGUGGGGGCUCAGCACUAUAAUAAAGAUGGUUCUGUUAAUAAUAGGCAAGAAAUUGAUUCCUUUGCUUAUUUCCUUUUCCCUUGCAAUGAUAUUUUGCUAGAUCGUUGUACUGGUAUUGCAUGGAUUCCCAAUGGUGAUGGCUCAUUUGUUGCUGCACACGCAGAUGGUAAUAUAUAUGUAUAUGAGAAGAAUAAAGAUGGCUCUGGCGAUCCUUCAUUCCCUGUGAUCAAGGAUCAAACUCAAUUUUCUGUAUCACAUGCACGAUAUAGUAAGAACCCAGUUGCUCGAUGGCAUGUUUGCCAAGGUCUAAUAAAUGGCAUUGCAUUUUCGGCAGAUGGUUCUUAUUUAGCAACUGUAGGAAGGGACGAAAUCCACAGACAACAUUUAAAGGUUUACAAGAAGUUGAUGAAUGCAGGUUAUCUGCGAGUCUUUGAUUACAAAAAUGAGCAACUCCUAUGUGGCGGGAAAAGUUAUUAUGGUGCUCUAUUAUGUUGCGCAUGGAGCAUGGAUGGAAAAUACAUUUUGACUGGUGGUGAAGAUGACCUAGUUCAAGUAUGGAGUAUGGAGGAGCGAAAGAUUGUGGCAUGGGGUGAAGGACACAACUCAUGGGUUAGUGGAGUGGCAUUUGAUUCGUAUUGGGUGUCUCCCAAUUCAGACGGAAUUGCCGAAAAUGUCGUUUAUCGUUUUGGUUCUGUCGGUCAGGACACACAAUUGGUAUUAUGGGACCUAGAGAUGGAUGAACUCGUGGUUCCUGUUCGCCGUCCAGCUGGUGGGUCCCCCACUUUGAGUGCCGGCAGCCAAUCGGCCCACUGGGAUGCCGCCUGCCAGGCUGGCACUUUACAGCCGGCCCCAAGCAUGCGAGAUGUCCCAAAGCUUUCACCUGUGGUGGCCCAUCGUGUUCACACGGAGCCUCUCUCGGGUUUAAUAUUCUCUCGCGACUCUCUACUCACAAUCUGCCGUGAGGGCCAUAUCAAGAUUUGGAUGAGGCCCGAUUUUGGGAAAACGGGCUUCGGGCCCGGCUACAAGUAAUGAAUGACCUUAAGGAAAAAAAACAAUUGGAGGUUUGUGCAUAAGAAAGAGCUUUUUGCAGUUGUCAUGAAAAGGAUAAUGGAGUUUUUUUUUUUUUUUUUNUU